CGCUGACCGCCGGCGACGACGAUGGGGCGCGUGAAGCUGGCCAUCAAGCGGAUCGAGAACAACACGAACCGGCACGUGACCUUCUCCAAGCGCCGGAACGGCCUCAUCAAGAAGGCCUACGAGCUCUCCGUCCUCUGCGACAUCGACAUCGCCCUCCUCAUGUUCUCCCCCUCCCGCCGCCUCUGCCCCUUCUCCGGCCGCCACGGGGUGGAGGAUGUGCUUCUCCGGUACCUCAACAUGUCGGACAACGACCGGGGCGAGCCCAUCCAGAACCGGGAGUACCUAAUCAGCAUGCUCCAGAGGCUCAAGCGCGAGAGCGACAUGGCGACACAGCUAGCAAACCCGGGGGCAUUGAACGAGAAGAUAGAGGAGAUUCAGAAGGAGAUAUACGCGUGCCAGCAGCAGCUGCAGAUCUCCGAGGAACGCCUCAGGCUGUUCGAGCCUGACCCCGCCGCGUUCGGUUCCACGGGCGACAUCGACAAUUGCGAGAAGUUCCUCAUGGAAAUGCUCACCCGCGUCGUCGAGAGGAAGGUACAUAUCAUGUCAGCAGGGUGUGAAGCCCAAGGUGUCGUUGCUGGCAGUGGCAGUCCAGGCUGCAAGACUGAACUUCAACAGGGCUGGGUGAAGUGGUUAACUUCCUCACCGACAAUGAAACCUUGGCGAUCGUGCAGCAGAAAGGGCUCCACAGGCUCAACAUGGGCACUGGGCGCUGAGACUUUACAUAACCAGGUUCAAAACAGUGAAAGGACAGAAUUAAGGAGCGCAGAAACAGAUGGAAAUCAGAGAGAUCCAAUCUCGGACGUGUACGACGGCAAAUUGCAGCUGGCGGGGAUGCACGACGGCGAUGGCGACGUCGGGGGCAGCAGCCAGACGACAGAUCCAUGGCAGCAGGAAUUCAGCUGCACCGAGCUGCUCUCCACGCUCAUCCCCAACACGCCCUUCCCUCUCAUGCAGCACUGCCUGGGCCCCGACGACGGCAAUUACCUGCCGAAGAUGGUGCCGGCGGCGCAGGACCAGCUCGAGGCCUCCGCCAGCUGCUCCUACAACAUGCCCACCAGCGACGAGAGCGGCACGCCCGUCAUGGCCUACGACGGCGGCGGUGGCGUUCCGCCGCCCAACGUCGACUGA